AACGAAGUCUUGUUAUUUCAACCAAUCACAUAGGGUUUAAUGUUUACGUCAUUUUAAUUUUGCGGAGCAAUAAAAUGCUCGGGCGCGCUCGGAAAUUAUUUACGCGCGCAGAAAGCAAAUCAAUUCUGGAUGAUCAAAGUGUCGUGGAAUCACAAGGUUCGUAGCCCCGAUAAGUAGCGUAUAUUUUCUAGUUUGCGUAGAGCGCUAAAAUGAAAACAGCUUGUGUGCGCCCAGCAAAAGGAACCGAGAAUCGCGGGACUUCUUUGGGACUACAAGUAAAAGUUUUCGGGAGCCGAGAAAAGUCCCCGAGCAGUUAAUGGGCUCUAAAAGUUUUCGGAAGUCUCGGAAAAUUGGCGCCUGGUCGCUUACGAGAGCUCUAAAAGUAAAAAAAAUAACUUCUUGAAAUUGUCUUUUUGUGGGUUACCUGUGGGUUUCCCUUAAGGCAUUAUGGGAAUGUUUGUCCGCCAUUAUUGUUCGAUCGCGUGGUGAAAAUCUUAGCUGGCUUUUUAUCGACCUGAAUUUAUUUUGUUGUUGUGGUUUGGAUUUCCAAACAAGUAUAAACUACUAAAUCUUGAAGUAUUUUUGCGAACAUUACUCGGAAUUUAUCGCUAGACCGCAAGCAUUCGACAAGACGUUGAACUGUUUAAAAUGUUUCGACCGUUGGUAGUUUCCAUGUGAGCUGGGGAAAAGUGUCUUCCGGUAUUUUGAAACAUAUGUUUUUUUAUUUGAGUGUUCUAACUUAAAUCGGCAGUGAUCCAUACAAUUUGAUGUAAUCUUAAGCAUCUAAACCAAGAAAACAAAGGUUUGCGUAUUGAAUUUGUGCCAUGUCGAGCUGUGAAGUGAUGAGUGGUCGGGUCGAGUCUUUUUCCAAGGACGCCGCUAUAUCAAGUAAACUGGCCGGCGAUUUGGACUCCAAGCUUGUAACUUCAUCCAAACAAGUGUUACUACAGAGGAUAGAAUUCAAACCAGCAUCUAAACCGGACGAACAAUACGAAAAACUAAAGCAAAAGUAUAAACCUUUGAAUUCUGGAUCGAAUUAUGGACAAAUUAAAUCGAAUUUGUUAACAAAUGGAAAGGUUGAUGCAUCUGAUAGUAUUCCUUCACCCAAGUUUGUUCUGUACCCAAUUGACAAGAUCAACACUCAGUGGACCAGGGUCCGACGCAUGGGGCCGGGCCUCAGUAACCUUGGCAACACUUGUUUUCUGAACUCUGUGGUACAGGUGUUAACAUACACUGCACCCCUAGUCAAUUAUCUGGCUACACAAGAGCACACCAGGGAAUGUCAAAUGGUUGGGUUUUGCAUGAUGUGUGAGCUACAACGACACAUUUUGAGAACCUUCAAUCACCAGCAAAAUGAAUCAAUAAAGCCUCUUUGCAUCAUACAACGGCUGAGGAGUAUAGCAAAGCACUUGCGAUUUGGACAUCAGGAGGAUGCCCAUGAGUUUCUGCGAUAUGUCAUUGACGGAAUGCAGAAGAGUUGUCUUGCAGGACAACCAGAGAAAAUGGAUAGAUACUCUAAAGAGACAACUAUUGUCCAUGGAAUAUUUGGGGGAUAUUACCGCAGUCAAGUUCAGUGCCUCAAAUGCCAUAACACGUCCAACACAUUUGACCCUCUGAUGGAAAUCAUGGUUGACAUCAAGCACAGUCCAUCAGUGGUACGAGCAAUUCAGCGAAUGUGUAAGGCGGAGCUGCUUGACGGAGACAACCUAUACCAGUGCCCAAGGUGUAAAAAGAAAGUCCCAGCUCACAAGCAAGUUCUUAUUCAUCGCCCACCUAACAUUCUGACAAUUCAACUGAAAAGGUUUGACUAUCAUCACAUGUUUGGAGGCAAAGUUUCGAAGGAAAUUACUUACACGGAACACCUUGAUCUCCGACCCUUUAUGACCAACCCAAAGGGACCCCCUCUGAAGUACAAGCUGUAUGGUGUGCUGGUACAUUCUGGGUAUUCCUGCAACUCAGGCCACUAUUACUGCUAUGUGCGUGGCUCUAACGACUGUUGGUACAACAUGAAUGAUUCAAUGGUUCGUCAAGUUGGACUCAAUACAGUCCUUGCUCAGCAAGCCUACCUGUUGUUUUACUCAAGAGUCAAAGCACGCCAAACACCAGAGAUAAGGAAAGUCAAUCAAAUGCCGACAAAAUCCAUGAGUUCUGCCACCACUCCGCUAUCCCCAAAAGUCAUUUCAGAAAAUGAUAUGGGAACACCCGUAUCGAGGCAUCCCAAGCAGCAAUCAGUUAUCCAAACAUCUACAACCACCAAGCCGACACCCACCACAGCAAAUGGACAGCCCACCCCGACACCUCUUACCCCUGCCACACAAAGACCAAAGCUCUCAUUUUCUCUAAAAGCCAAGGGUCCAGGAGCUUUGGAAACUCUUGUUAAGGAAAGGGAACCCAUGGUGACUACAGAAACUCCCAAACCAGCAGAGGGAAAAGAGAAAACGAACUCGCCGCCAACCUCGCCGCCGACAUUGAAAGAAAAAGAAGAGCAUAUAUGUAGUGAGAACGCAAACCAAGAGGAGAGAAAUGAAAUAAAGGUCAAGUCGACUGGUAAAGUAGAAAAAGUUGUGUCUCCUUUGAAAGAAGUAAGCCGUGUCUCGCCACAGAGGAUCAAGUCACCUCCCAGGGUGGAACCCGUCCCAGUGAGUGUACCUAUGAGGAAGGAUAGGGAGGGUUCCCCACUGAAGAGGCCACGCCCUACUCCUUUAUUUAUCCCAAGGUCGGUGCAGGCAAAAAGGGCAAGCAAGAGCGCAACAGUGACUGAUGCGACCAUAGCUCAACUUGAAGAGGACAUGAUAAACAAAGAGAUUUUAACAUCGCCAAUGAAAUCCACUACACCGUGGAAAAUAACCCCCAAGACCCCCUGCGAGACAACAUUUGGCCCGAUGUCCCCUCCCCCCACGGGCACAUUUGUCCCUCAGCAGUCACCACAGUCGGAUGUUAGCGGCGCUUCAAGCAUUGUGGGUAAAACUGGUGAGUGGGCUGUUAUGGAUAAGUUGACUCCUACACUUGGUCCCAAGCUCCCGGAACGGCAGCACGCGGGCUGGCUUGUCAGUCCGAAGGCUGGGAACGGCAGGAAAGGGAUGUGGCUGGACACAACCGGAAACGAGAAACAAAAUGAGGAGGUGAACUGGGUCGAGGCAAAGUUUUCCAGUGAUGACGAGGAUAGACAGAUGGAAAAGAAAAAGCGGAAGAAGGAAAAGAAAAGGAAACGGAAGCAUGAGCAGCUAAGCUAUUCUGACUCAGAAGAGGAGAAACGUCUGACAGACGAUGAUAUGCUCAGCUCCAACAAGGAGAACAAGAAACGAAAGAAAAAGAAGAAAGAGAAGGAAAAGAGCAAGCAAUCAGAAGAUAAAAUGAGGCUUCUAAGUGAUUCACCAGGCGAUUCAGAUAGUAGUAGCUCUAGGGACCGGAAGCGGAAGCACCGGCACAACGACGAUGUCACAGACAAGAAACCGCGCCUUGUGGACUACAGUAGUGCAGACUCCAGUGACCAUGACAACGCUGCUGACAAUAAAGGCACUGAGCCAAGGACAAGCCAAAGCAGCGCAACAAAGAACAGAGCACCACCUGUUGUCAUCCACGAGGGUGAGAGCAAAGUAAACAAGCCUCGCGGGGGACGAUGGGAUGGAACACGUGACUCGUCCGUGGUCGCUGAGCUGUUGAAGAGUGGUGGGGGUGUGACAGGAUAUGGGAACUCAGUGACUUCAUGGGAUGGAGAGAGAAGCGCUGUUGAUAGUUCUGCUCAUGCGGAGGACAAGAGGAGAAGAACACGACGAGAUUCCUGGGAUGAGGAGCUCGACAAGGGAAAGGUGAAGAAAAUCAAGGACAAGAGUCAACACGAACGAAGGUUGUCAGAAAAGAACAACCCUUUCCAGAGAGAACAUGAAAAGAGAAGUAAAAAGAGUGGCCUAGAGCGCGUGACCAGUCACUUCUCAAGACGGCAUUCCACCCACUCCACUCACUCGCGGUCCCAUUCCAGUCGAGGCUAUCGCCGCUUUUAACACAAAUCUACCGAUGAGCACCAGCUGAAAAUCUCGCCCACCAUUAGACGGUAGUCUGGACAUAAUAUGCAGUGGCCCAAUCCUCAGUCACCAAGGGGAAUUAAAGCGAGAGCAAAAACUGGGAGUUGAAGGGGGGACAGAAGAUGGGAUUACAAGAAGAGAUAGACAAAGAAACAUUUCAUUCUUUCCCAUUCUAUUACCGCUUUUAAAUAGAGUUCUGUUAUAUCGCCCCUUCUCCUAUUUUUCUUGCACCUCGUCCUCGUUGCUUUUAUAUUGUAAAUACGUUGAAUCGACAUAGUCAUACGCAUAAAACUAUUUCAAAGCAUUCCUUCUGGGGUGCCCUGAAUAUAAGGCGUCGGAAAUGCCGCGUAGGCACGGGAAGAAAAACAAAAGAAAGCGGCUAGGGCCUAUAUCUUUUGUUUAUAAUUUUCCAUCCUGACGCCAGGAGAUAUCCUACGCAGUCGCUGCGACCUUUCUCUUAAGGCCGAUUUAGACAGCACGAGUUAGCCAUAUGCGACCUGCCUACGACAUGUCAUAGCCCUGAAUCACACACUACGACUUUCGUACUCGAGCAUCGUAGUGGAGUCGUAGGCUGAUGUACACUCUGCGACUCGAGUUGUAGAGGUGUUGCGGGCAAGUCUCAUACAACUAAAUCCUGCUGCUUAAAUGAGCCUUUACAAAAGAGGUCGAGGUGCAGCAUUAACUCGAUUCCAUCAUUGAAAAAUAGGUUUUGCGAGUACAAAUUCAGCCUCGUUUCCUUGUAUUUCGCAAAGAACUUUAAUUGAAUUGGUCCAAGUGGACGAUUUUAAUCAUUACGUUCAUUGAGGGCAGGUUAUUUGUGCAACCUUUUUAAUUUCGUUUUUUUUUUUCCAUCCUUUGGUACCCAGAGCGUCGCGGUCAACGUAACGAGGAGUGAGAUCGAGUCGGGGGGGAGGGGGGAGAGAAAGGAAGGAGUUCUCUUCUCUCACGCCCGUACCCCUUCUCUUUCCGCCGGCCUUGCUCCUCCUUGUUCUCGCGCCUGUGACCUCGACGCCCUGGGUUUCCGAGGAUGGGUAUAUUCUCAAUUGUAAAUAUUUAUAUAUGCCUUCAAGCUACCAUACCAUAUACUUGAAAUAUGCCAUUCUUGCACAGCAUGCAGAGUUUAUUGAAAGAUAUCCAUUAUGUACUAGUUAUCUAAACUUUAUAUCCUUGUACCUUGUAUUAUAACAACUCAUUUCCUAUAAAACUGUCUUGUCAA